UUCAUUGUAAGAGCGAUGUGAUUUGAUUCAAAUUAAAAAUGAGUGUUUAUCGAUACAUAACCUCUCAUAUUGCGAAUUUAAUGACGCAAUAUGUUGGUAAGUAUUUUGAGGGAAUCGAACCCCACAAAUUGGAGUUGGCUUGGAAGGGUGGUAAUCUUCAAGUCAAUGACAUUGCAAUGAAACCUGCGAUCAUGGAUUUUGUCAAUCUUCCACUUUGUUUAGCGUAUAGUUCCAUUGGAAGUGUACGUGUUUCUUUACCUUUACGAAAUCUUUUAAGUGUGAGUCGUCUUAGUCCACCUGAACCAUUAUUAAUUGAAAUUCAAAAUUUCUAUAUGAUCGUGGUUCCAAAACCGGAAUGUGAAUGGAAUGAAGAGGUUUUUCAACUACGUUGCCGUUUUAUGCGAAAGCGUCGUUUAGAUCAAUGUGAUGUAAAACUUUUAGCUGAACAUGCACGUCAAUGUUUUCUUAAUUCAGCAAGUGAAACUUUAGCAACCUCUUCUAGAUGGUUUUCUAGUGUCCUGAAUCGUAUAGUAGAGGAUGUUAAAUUUAUUGUUACCAAUGUUCAUAUUCGGUAUGAAUAUGUCAGUCCUCAUAUAGAUCGCUGUUUUUCUUCUGGAAUGACUUUAGCGACAUUAGAAAUUCGAACGCCUGAAGAAACGCAUUGGAAAAAUUUUUUACAAAAACAGCAAGAGGAGUAUGAACCGGUUACAUUAGAGAUGCCUCAGCUUUUUCAUACUUUCCUUUAUAACACUUGUUGUGUGAGUCAAAAAAAAAUGUUUUCGAUUACCAAAAUAGCAGUGUAUUGGAACAGUGGAGAAAAUUGUUAUUAUUUAACAAGAUUAAAACUUUAUAAUCCGCAAACAAGAACUUUUCUUGAUGAUUCCUUAGUCAAAACGAUUCUUCAAGAAAUCGCAACGUCAACACAACAGGAAAACCCUCUUGAAAAAAAUUUAGAUGAAAAACAAGAUCAUUUGCGAUACCCUGUUUCUUUUCUUUUAAAACCCUUUAGUUGUUCGUUUUGGCUUUUCGUUUACUCAAAAAUAGAUACACCAAGUGACGGAAAUGUAACCAGUUCGUUUGAUUCAUCUUCUCCAUAUGUGUCUCAAAAAACCUACCAACUAUGGGUUGAACUUCAACGCUUACAAGUCAUCGUGAAAAAGAAUAUGCUCAAAAAUUUGACCGAAUUUAUUCGAAUGGUACAAUUGUACCAUUCUUUAUUGUCUUGUAUUUUGAUACGGCAAGAACUUUAUAUCCCAUAUCGACCUGAAAUCAGUGUCAAGUGUUCUCCUCGUAUUUGGUGGCGUUACGCUGUGAGUUGCGUUAUACGACGGUUGCGUUAUGAAUUUCCAGAAACGUUUAUUUCUAAAACAAAUGUUUGGAGUUUUGGUGAAGAUUUAAAAAAUGCACGAAUUCAAAAGUGGAGGAAUACGUUUCGAAAAUUAUUAACCUGUGUGUUAUUUAAAGAAGACUUUAAUACAGAACUUAUAUUUCACUGUGAUAACCAGUAUCUUGAGGAAUAUAAAGAAAUGCAACAUAUUCAGAGUUUCUUGCCUGAAAAAGACUUAUUAGAAGUCUUUGUUGAAACCAAACGUCUUUAUUUGGAAGCAUCACGGCAUGAUGGUACGUCCGCACGUCAUUCUUACAAUGAAAAAAAAAAAGAAUUCAAGUUUUCUUUUUCGAGUUGGCAACCAUGGUUUCGAGCAACGCCACAAAUAAAAAAGAGCGGAUCCGACAAUGACAUUGUUCAAGAUGAACAUCCUACGACGAAAACUUCCGCUCCUUUUUCUUUGAAACACGGUUUGACUUCAUUAAUGUCAUUGGAUGACCAUCUGUAUCAAGAUUGUGAUACUUGUUAUAAUAUUUCUAAUUGUUCUUCUUUUCCACGAGUUGAAACAUUCAACAAGGAGAAUGGUUUUUCCCGAUCUUCAUUGAAAAGGCAAUCGGAAGACAAAAAAGGCGAUUUAAUGCGACAUUUUUUAGCUGCCGAUGAGACCUUUGUGACUAUUGUUAUCGAUUUACAAGUCGCUUCCAUUCAACUUGAAUUGUCAAAGUCAACUUGCUUACUAGCUGGAAUCGCCGACGUCAAGGUUCAACUUCAAAUUGAUCACACUGUGUCUCAUUCGGUCACUGUGCAAGACUGUUGGCUCCACUAUUUACGUCAUGAUGCAUCACCUCAAGCCUUGUUAUCCCGUCGUGACUCCUUGUCAAAACAAUUACUAGCGCUAAUUUUUUGUGGAAAAGAAAAAAAAACUAACAAACCAAUGCUUCUUUUGGAUGUAAGAAGAGUUAUCAUUCACUGGAUUCCAUUUAUUUAUACCGAGAUCGCCCAUUUGUUAUCUAUUGUAACGGACCCACCAGGCAUUCCCGCUGAAUCCCAAGAAACACUACAUAAUUCAACGACAUUUUCUGAAACCUCCAGACUCGUUUCUUUUAGUAAAUUAUCGACCGCUAAAAAAUAUAUGUGUGGUCAUUACCGUAAUAUGUACAUUAAAGUAUUGAUUGAAGCUCCUAUUAUUAUUAUUCCUACAAACAGUACAUUCAAUCCUCUAUUGACAAAUUGUCAAAAACCGGUUAUUGCAGUGCAUCUUGGAGCUAUUUCAAUUGAUUCCAAUGUUACGGAAUUACCGACUCAUCAUGAGGUUCAAGAAACACAUCAUUCUAAUGUUCAAGUGACCUCCCUUCAACGCUUUCGCGUCCAACUUAAUGAAUUGUUUCUAAAGUACUUACAAUCAGCGGACAUGGAUGAAGACGUCACAAGGAAGAGUGGUGAACUUGUUAUAAGCCCUUUUGCUGUUCAGAUUCUUUUAGUUUUGUCUAUAGAAGAAAGACAUCCAGAGACUUUUCCAAGUGGAUUGUGUGAAACCACAAAAAACGACGCUUCCAUUUUAGAAAACCAUCAUGAUGAAGCAACAUUUCAUUACGUUCUGCGAAUUCACGGAGAUCUACCUACCUUGACAAUAGCUUUAAACAAAGAAACGUAUUCUGCCUUAAUGGAAGCAGUUGCUUGUAUGAUUCACCGUCAAGACGUGAACGCAACGUGUGGACGUCAUGUAACAGGGUUUCAAAACCAUCAGCUCCAUAAAAAUACCGGCUUUCACAGAACGGUAACAUUGGGACCAACUUGGUCAAACUUUUGUGAUGAGUGCUGUGUUUUUAAUAAAACAAUUCAUGAAAUCGGUGUAGCGAAACGGUUUCAUAGUAUGUACACUAAAAAGAGUCAAUGCCAUUUUACAAAACAACACGCCGUUUCACCCCAAAGCGGUACCGACGACUCAGACAGCCUUGACAAGACGGGUGUAGGCCGUCAAAUAAGCACUUCUAAAGGUCAUACCGAAGUCGCGAUUCCGUUUGAGGUUCAAGCAAGUUUCUCCUUGUUAACAUUUCAGCUUUCCGUGAACUGCAGCCAUCGUUUUAAAGAAAACGUAGAUCUGGUUACAGAUCGUACUAUCAUUUUCUAUCAACAAGCAGAAAACAAAUUUUUCCAGUUAAAGAUAAGAGACCUGACUUUAUUUAGGACUCGAUUAUCACUCUUGUCACCCUACUACAAGUUAUUAACAACAUAUAGUCUUGCAACGGCCGAUGCUCCAUCUUUACAGAACUACGUCGAUAAAGAAAAAGUUAUGAAUGAAGAUGUAUCGAAAUGUUUUAUUUUCGUCGAUAUCACUCUUUCUUCUUAUAAUAGUUUAAUGGACUGCCAUAGUCCACUAGAAAUUUCAGUCACCUUUUCAAAGCAUGUCACGCUUUUCUUACAACCGCGACCUUUACGUUAUUUCUUGUCUUUCUGGCGGUAUUCUAAACCAGAUCAAAUGCAACCUAUUUCAAUGGACACAGUAGACAAAAAUGUUGUAUCUUCAGGAUUAGGUCAAAGAAUGUCGUCCUCAAUAAACGAUAAGGAAAAGUAUUUUUCUUUUGAUCAGUUAGUUCAACAUCCACAUACCGCCAAUACGUCGCCAGCACACAACCUCAAGAAUUCACGUUACAAAUCUGUCGUUCAUCCAUCGGGUGCUGUGGAAUGGCUAUUGGAUAUUCGAGUGAUCAGUGUCUCUUGUGUUUGUAUUGAAAGUCGAGAAGAUAAAGCGGUAGAGAAGGUUUUUGCUAUUUGUACUUUUCGAGAUACAUGUAUUAAUUUAAAAGCUUUUUCGUAUGGAAUCUCACUUUUUUGCGAAUUGCAAAAUUUAAUGAUACAAGACUUUGAUGCUGAGCAAAAUUUAGUGAAUGCAUCUUUAUGCAUAGGUGAAGAGGACCGUUUAACGUUAUUUCGCGUCAUUCCAGGCAGCGGUUCUUUAGUCACUAUAACAGUGGACACAGUGGAUAAAACAUGCUCCCAUUUCGACGGGGUGUCGAUGAACCUUAGUAUGAAUAUUGGAGAAGUUGAAAUUGUCUGUUUUGUAGGGAAAUUCCUUAAAAUUUUCGAUUGGAUUAUUCAUAGUUUUCUGAGUAUUUUUCUAGCAUCUUCACCAGAUACAGUCGAACCAACGUUAAAUUUUUUUCAAAAGCCACAACAUAAUUGUCAUCUGUCCCCCAGCUUUGAUUGCACAAAACUUGAGUACAGAAAUUGUGGUGAAAAAGUUUUAUUACAAUGGAUGCUGAAAGCACUUGCUUGUCAGCCGAUUCUAGGGUCUAAUGAAAUCGCGUAUUUGAAUGACAUUUGGCAUAUAUCUGAAACACCUUAUCAAAAGAACCAAAGGAAAGCGACUCGUAUUGUUUGUCCCUUGACAUUAAGACACUAUGAUAUACGUAUUCGUUCUCCUAUCAUACAUUUUCCUGUCAGUCUACAAGACUGUACUCGAGAAAUUCAGUUAACAGUUUCCUUUAUCACUUUAUCCAAUACUCCCCUCAUUAGUCAGAACUAUGGUCUUCUUGAUAAUAUUCAAGUUGACUUUGAGAAUGUUACACUUAAAAGUAAUUGUGAUGAGGACGCUUUAGUCACGGACCUUUCUAUGAAAAUUGAAUUUCAACGCUCUUUACUUCAAGUUUCACCUUCUCACCCUCUUUAUAUAGUCUUUAAUUUUUCUGAUCUUGCUAUUUUUCUCAAUACUCUCAAAUUACGUUGUCUCUUGGAUGUGAUAACUUUCAACAUACUACAAACAAAUCCUGAUGACAAUUGCACUACAAACACAACAAAAGACAGUGGGAUCCAAUCCAAAGAAUUUCAUGAAAACAAAAAUGUUUUUCUUUCAAAAGAACAGAAACAAACCACUGACUCGAACACUUUAGUCCCAAUAAAUGACACAUCUUUCUUUCAAUUCACUUUUAGUAUUGUUUUUGUUUUUUUGCACACACCCUUAUCACGCGAUUCGCCUUGUAUGACUCCAUGCAUUCUUCGAGCCAACUCGUUUCAAUGUCGCUUUCGUAAAACGGUUCAAAAAGUUAAAAUUGUUGACAUCAAAGCUCUGUCGACUCGUUUCGUUCACUGUUCGACGAAAAACUCUCCUUAUUGCCUUUUCCUAUCGGAUUCUCACGAGAGUCUUAUGACGUCGUAUGAUGAAAAUAUGAUAGAAAUUUAUAAUAUUUUGAACAAUCUGCCAUUGAGAGGUUGUAUUUCGCAAUGGUUUUAUGACUAUGUAAGCAAUGCGUUCAAAGACUCCAUGAAAUCAUCUUAUGUUACACAACAAACUAAACCUGCGCAUCACGCCGCGGACUGCCUUCAGUGCACAUAUCGGUUUCGUUCGGAUGAUUUCUCAAAACUCUAUCUUAAAAUAUCUGAUGUCCGAGUUAUACUCCUUCAACAAGCCUUUCGAGAUGUUUAUUCGUUUUUAAAUCAAGUAGCGUACGAAAACACAAACAAAGCGUCUAAGGAAAUAGAAACGACCAGCACAGAUUUCAAAAAAAAAUUCAAUCUUAAAGUGCACAUGGUGCGUACAUGUGUUGUCUUAUUAUCUUCCUAUCUUAUAGAAUCCCCGUUGCUUGUAAUGCGAGGCAAUUUUAAAUUGCAACAUUAUAGUAUAGCAGACAAGAACUCUGCACCAUCUUCAUCAAACGAUACUACCAAUUACUGCAGUGUGGAAGACUACACUAUGGACGUGUCGGAUGUGGAGCUCUUCGUUACCAAUUUGAAAACACUUACUGCCUUAGAAUAUGCUCAAAAAGAAUGUUGGUUUCAACAGCAGGAAGCAUUGACGGGAGUCCAUUCUACUCAAGUGAAUGAAUUAAGUUUCUCUAAAUCCAGCCUAGUGUCUCUUUCUUCUAUGCUACAAGUACCUAUCAAUUUUCUUGUCGAAGACACCUCCUAUAAGAAAUUAUCACACCCGCAUGUCAACGGGUGCUCUAUAGGAAGUGAACAAACACAGGAAACAACAUAUAGCAAAAAGACUUGUCAACCGCAUACUUUCAAUGAUUUUAUUCGAAUUUUGUGUCCACAAGUCAACGGCUCUAUGAAUGUCACAGUUCAUUGUCAACCUCAUUCUCUUUGUAUAAGGAAUGGAGUGCAUGUGGUGGUGAAAAUUGAGCCUGUUGUCAUCACGCUUUCUUACUCGGAUAUCAAUUGCUUACAACGUUGUUUGUUUUUCUUACAUAGCGAGCAACUUAAAAACAUUUCAUCUUCACCAUCAAAAGAUGACCAUUAUAUGGACUCACAAAAUCAAAUGCGUCUAGGAAAUUCAUUCCCAGAAUUCAAAAAAUUCUCAAUGGAUCUGACGCAAGUCGUUGUAACCCUUUCGGAUGAUUUUGAAGGCUAUACGAAUGCACCGGUGUUACAAUUUUGUACAUAUAAUGGAAGUGUUACUAUCUUGUUAGACGAAUCGUCUUUAUUAAAUAAACAACAACUGAAUGGAACUUUAUGUGUUACGGUGAAUUUUUUCAAUCCGCGAGCCGUGGUCUAUGAACCUGUUAUUGAGAAUCUUUUGCUUAAUAUUCUCUAUGAAAAAACUUUUUUUAAAGGUGAAACUGAUCAGAAAAAAAAAAAAAAUUCAGAGCAAGAAAAAUGGAAAAUCAAUUUUUUCGGUUUCAAAAAACAGAUUUUAUGUAUUAAUUUAGCUCAAUCCUUUUUAAUAAAUUGCAAAAAACAUAUGUCCCGUUGGAAACAAAUGCGGUCUUCGUACUCUUUGGACAACGGUGAAACCAAAAUUGUCAAAUACUGUUUCGCUCCCUACGUAAUAGAAAAUCAAUGCGGUGUACCUUUGGCGUUGUUACCAUCAAAAUUAUUGAACAAAGAACCCGAGCAAGAAAGACUUCACGAUCAAUGUUCUCAUUUAUUUGAGAGUUGCCACAUCCUUGAGCCCGGGAAAAUUUGUCGUUUAUCACGAUUUGGUGUGCAGGAUGGACUCUCUUUAGAUAAAAGAUUUCCGAAAGUUUCCAAAUUCAGUCUUGUUUUUGGCACGACAUAUGAAUACAUGUCUGGAAAUAGUCUACAACUUGAACGUUCAGGGGUGACAGUGUAUUCCCUUAUAUCUAUAAACAAUGAAACAAAACAAAUGCUUGGUCCAUUUAAGAAACCACUAUCAGAAGAAAAGACUUUAGGAAAGUCUCAAUCUUACAUUAUUAGUCGUGUGGCCGUUGUUGAAGGGCAAAAAAGGUUAACAGUUGAAUCUCAAGUCAUGUUUGACAUUCAGCUGUGUUCUGAAUGGGGUCUCGCUAUUCAUAUACAAAAUGAAACUAUUGGUACUUCCGCUAUAAUGGUUAUACCACCUUUUUCCAAGAAAUGUCUUCCUAUUUUUUCAUGCAGUCAUCCUUCCACAAUUUUACAAUUUUGUCCUUUUCAUUCUAAACAGCCAUAUUCAACAGAGAAACAACAGUAUGAGUGGUCUUCAUCUCUUAUGCUAAAAACGCUUUGGCAACAAGCGCAAUGGAUUGAAAAAGAAAAAAUAAAAACUUUAGAAUUGUUUCCUGACGCUUUUUCUCAAAAUAAACGUCAUUGGUCAAAUUCCAAUUUAGCUUCAUUUUUACCCUCCCAAAGUUUUAUGUGCUCGACAACCAAAAAAACAUUUAGUGAUUGUUUUGAAACAAAGUUUCAUUUUCAAUUGUCUGUCAAUUGUAAAUCCUUUGUGUAUCGAGAAACCAAAUGUCAACAAUUGACUUUGAUAUUUCACCCUUCUAUACGCUUACGAAGUGUAACACCUUUACCUUUAAAUUUUUCACUUUUAUCCCAUUUUGAUACUUUUUCAAACACUUUGCCACCCCGAGAUAUACAUUUGGAAGGAGGAACCAGUGGCGUCAUUAAUUUAGGCGAAACCAUACCAAUGUAUUCUUUACCUUUAUUAGAAAAAGUUUUUUUUACACUCUAUGUUAAUGAAAACACUUCAACAAAUUGUGACAUUGGUACUAAUAUGUCUUAUAAGCAACUUAUUUAUUCUCGAAUGUAUCCACGGAUAUUAUCGGAUCCUGAUACACCCUUAAAUGAUACUUGGACACAAUUGUGGAUUCAACAGAUUGAAACCUGUAUGCUUUUUCAAGAAGAAGCGAAUCUGCUAAUCGUACCAAUUCUUUCUGCACGAAAUAAUUUCAAAACCUUUUUUUCAACACACGCUGUUUUAGAAAAACUACCAGGUCAAUCUCUCUGUAUAACACUUUUCUCACCCACUUGGAUGAUAUCCCAUUUAUCUCCUAACUUUUUGUUCCAAUCGAAUUCAUCUUUUAUUGCCACUGCUCUCACUUUUAGUAAUAAGGAAGAAAACUUAUAUGCGAUGAAGUCCGGUCGACUUUCUUAUGAAACUCUUCCUUUCAAAAAAAGUGUGAGGCUUAAAUAUGCAUGGAAUCCUGCUUUCAGUUGGGGUUAUGUUGCGUCAGAAACACAACACUCUGAAAAAUUAUUUCAUGUUCAAACAAAUGAAUCAGUACAAGCUGUAGAAGAACGUUUUUUAGACAUUUCCGAGCAUCCCUGGUGGUGCCCUUUAGAUGUCAACUAUAAAUUUAUUGGAGUUGAACUGAUAGAUCUUGAGAAAAAUUGUCGCUUAGGAAAACCUUCAAAACCUCUUAAUAUCGAAUGCUUACCGUUAGAUCAAGUGCACACCAUGGAACUUUCUGCACCUACUCCAUCUCGGGCAGUAACUGAAGUUUCAAUUCAUGUAACUCAGUAUGAAUCUAUCAUGAAUUUCCCAGUCAAACUACUUACCAUUGUUUAUAAGUGUUAUUUACAUAAUUUAACCUCUUUUUCUGUCUUGUUUCGACAACAAGGAACCUCUCAUGUUGUUAUAAUUCCACCUGAAAGUCCCGCUGUCCCUUUAGAAUGGUCGGAUGCUUCUCAACCGCGACUUUUUCAUUUAAAACGUCCGGGUGACUUAUGGUAUUGGAGUGGUUCUCUUUGUCCUACCACACUAUCAACAAAUGAAACUUUUGUGCUGCAUAUGGCUUUGAAAAACGAAAACGUUCUAUUGCAGGAUACGUCUGAAUGCACUCUUCACCUUGAAAAGCAGCUUGUCAAUAUGCACAAUAACGCCUCGAUUGAUGUUUUAGUUUUUAGAAAUAAGCGAGAGCUUUUAUUACGUGAUACAUUGUUAAUAAUUAAUAAUUCAACGUUUCGAGUCAGUAUCUGGCAAUACAGAACACCCGUUACUCGAGGGUUCACAAUUGACAACAAAGGUGCAUCCGUUGACUUUUCAUGGAAUGAUAUGGUCGCAGAAAAGUCUCUUUAUAUAUCAUUGGAUGUCAAUGAAUGUAAAGCAGGUGUUGUUGUGUAUGCGAACGACUUAUGCGUCGCUAAUCGACAUCUUUUACGUUUUGGUGACGCACUUUAUGGGACUAAAUUUUGGUGUAUUUUACUUGUCACGCGCAAAGACAGCAGAAAAGUCUUAUGUUUAUAUAAUUAUUCCUCUUCGCCAAAAAUCAUCCAAGUGUUAGGAAAUAAUCUACAAUAUGCGUCUUUGUUAACCUCGGAUUUAAUGGAACAAGCUAAUCAUAAGAGUUCAUGUUUAAUUGAAAUUUUGAUUCCUUCUGUUUGCUUUUCUUUUAUAAGCAAUUCAAGUCGAACUUAUUCUUUGAAAUCACGUCGUCUAGAUAAAAAAAAUAGAAACAAAUCUAUUUUGUAUGCAAGUUACUUGGAAAAGUCUGGUAGUCAGAAUUCUUUAACAACGGAUUCUUACACGCAAGAAUACAUCUGCAUGUACUUUCAACAAUUUCAACUAAAUUGGUGUUGGAAUUUCAAAGACGAAACAAUUUCAGUGACGAUUGCUGAUGUUCAAAUCGAUAAUUGUGACUCAACAACAUUAUUUCCUGUUCUAUUACAACCUUUAGGAGUCUCUUCUAGCGCGACACUCGAAAACUUUGAAUUGCAUCAAUUAACUGAAGGAGUUAGCCUUACUUUAGAUAUUCACACGCAUCCCUUAGUGGAUAUUGUGUGUGUUCGUCGACUAGAUCUUUCCCAAACUGGAAUAUAUUCCCAUAUAAAUUUUUUAAGGGUUGUGAUUCUUGGAUUAAGCAUUAAAAGUGACUUAAAAUUUUUAACAAUAACUAAUAAAUUUUUUGAAGAUUCCAAAAAAAUCUUAUGCUCAAAUCAUCCUUAUAGUAUAGAAUACACUGAAGCAACGAUUUCGCAACAACUUUUACAAAACGUGUCUUAUUUUUUAUCUUCCACCACCCCAAAUUCAUUUAUUCGCUUUUAUUUUAAAGAACUCGUCAUUCAUCCCAUUCUGAUUCGAGCGUCAUUCAGACCCGCAACCGUUCAGUCCACGGAUCCAAAUUUCAAUACAAAGUUUCAUGUCAAGAGUAUAGUAAUGCGCUUCUUAGCAUCCAUAGGAACCGUUCAAGAUUUACCAAUUCAUUUUUCGGCUUUAAAAUUCAAAGAUUGCAAUUUUGAUAUUUAUUCUCUUAGCAAUACAUUAAAAAAAUUUUAUAUGAAACAAUUUUGGUCAUCUUCUUUAACUGUUGCGGGAAACAUGGAUUUUCUUGGCAAUCCCGUUUCAACACUAUCUCAUCUUGGUGCUGGAUUAGGAGACCUUGUCACUGAGUCCGUUCGUGCUUUCAACAUCAAUCAAUCAACGUCUAUGGCUCACCCUACACGACCUACUAAUGUUUUAGAUGGCAUCGGAAAAGGUGCUAAAUCACUUUGGGACAAUACCGUUUAUGGAGCGUUUAAUGUUGUAUCCAAAGUGUCAGGUGUCGCUGCACAGGGUCUAGAUGUGUUAACAUUUGAUGAAGAGUACUUGGACGAAAAGCAACAAUUGGGUGCAAGAAGGCAACCCAAAGAUGCUAGUGAAGGACUUUCUAUGGGAGCAGAAGCUUUUGGUAAAGCCGUUGUGGGAGGACUUAAAGGACUUGUAUCGGAACCAGCCCGAGCUAUAGAGAAUCGUGGAAUUGAGGGUUUAGCAGAAGGUGUUGGUCGUGGUGUUGUUGGAGCUCUCAUGAAGCCUGUUGCGGGUAUUUUUGAAAUGGCAUCUUUGACAGCAGGAGGUAUUCAGGAAGCGGCUGGUGAAUCUUCGGGCGUUGCUCGCGGUCGUCGAUCACGGAAACGUCCACCACGAGUAUUUUAUGGCUAUGAUCAGGUCAUUCGUCCUUACUCAUUAGUUGACGCUCAAAUCAAUGACAUUCUACUUUAUGCACCGAAAAUUGCAUGGGAAACCUUUUUUAUAGAAAAUCUUGUGUAUGACAAGGAGAAAAAUUACUUGUGGAUUAUUACUACUGAAGAGCUUUUAACUCUUAUCAUAAAAGAAGGAGAAAUACCCAAGGUACACAUAUUUUGUUUAUUGUGGCAAAUUAUCGAUUGCAAUGUGGUGACGCAAGCAACAGCCCCCGGACUCCCUCCUUUAUUACAGCAAACACGGCCAUCUAACCAGACACCUGUUCUAAAAACUUGUCGAAAUGAGGAAAACUCAUAUUUGGCGACCAAUUUUAAAGAAAUACCAGAUUACACAAAUCAUUCCGAUUUUUUUGAAGGUGGAAUUAUUUUUCAUUUCCAGCCCCCUUUAUCGAACCAGUACAUUACUACCUCUUCUUUAGAGAUUGCUGUGAAUGUCUGCAAAUAUGUUAACGACGCGGUACAGAAAAUUUAAAUAAACGACUGUUCUAACGUUUUUUUCCUUUGAAUUAAAUAUAAAGUUCUUGCAAUCAAGUCGUUUUUUUUAAUAGAGUCCAAUAAAUUUUUGUUUAACGUUUUUCAUUGUUAUUACAAACUUGACUAUUGUUUUUGUUUUUCUUCUAAUAUAAAAAAUGUUUCGU